AAAGUACUGUGUCUGGGAGGACGGCACCGCCAUUUCAUCAUCGUCGACAUCUCUCGUGUCCAGAGAAGACAUCCACUGGGAUUGAGAGGACGGGACAACAUCUAAGCCACUGAUCUGGGGCAGUUCCAAUGCUAGUUCGUCUUCUUCAUCUGAAGAGAGUAUUUCUGGUGCAGACGCCAGCCAUUGCGACUGAGACGACGGAACCUCGGCGGCGGCAUCAUCAUCGUUCAACACAGGCAAUGCUCCGAAAUACUGAGAUUGGGAUGAGGGAACACUAUCGUCAUCCGGAACGGGAUCUGAAACCGACGAGAUGCGACGUUGAAUUCGAUCCUGAGGAGGUGGAACGAACGGCGGAGGACUGGAACGAUCUGGGGUACUGAAGAUCGAGGCAGGUUGUCUUUGAGAUGUGAUGGAGGAGUCCAAAGAGGUGGGUGUCCUCUUGGGAUCCCUAAGCUCGUCUCUUGCGGGUGUUCCACGGGGAGAUGGGGUGGUGGCAGUGGCAGCCAGUUGUGUUUUCAUGGAUUUAAGCGGUGCCCGCACAGGAUCGAGGACUGAAGCAUUCGAGGGUAGGGCGGCAUUGUGGAUCUCCAGAACGGGAUCUUGGGAUGGUAUCGUGAGGUCUAUGUCAUAUCCCGCCUUCGGUAAAUCAACUGCUUUCCGUUUCCGACGCCGUGGAGGGGUAUCUAGAAUGAUGAUUGGUUCGUUGUCCCGUGUAGUCGAGUAGCGUCUUUUAGGUGCUCGUACAGACACAUUUCCUAUUAAUGAGUUCGAUUUGUUUGCUCCAGAAUCUUCCGUAUCGAUUCCUUGUCGGCUGGGCCUGGUUUCCUCUCGUUUCUCACUCUGUUUCGAAGGGUUAAUGUUCCCCGGCAAGGAGGAGCGUGCGUGUCGCUUGCUUUGGUGAACGCGUGUAAAAUAAGAGGUGAUUUGAUUAUCUUCGCGGUCCUUGGGCAUGCAAAGACGAAAGGUGCGUAGAAUCUGUUCGUUGUUCGAGAUGCCAGUGUGAGAGCAAUGACGCGUAUGGUUGUGCUUGGAGGUGCUUGCAUGUCUUUAUCCUGUUGUGGUCACGGAGCUUCCGGUCCGGGAGAUUAUGAGCUUUUAGUCUGGCACUUGCUACUUACCUUGAUCAUGUCUGGAUCUCUGGAUCUCAUUUCCAUUGCAAUGAUAACAGAUUUCUUCCACCCAAAUGUUGGCGGGGUGGAAAAUCACGUAUAUAUGUUGAGCGCUUGCCUGCUACGUAAAGGGCAUAAAGUCAUAGCUAUCACUCAUGCACAUACCCCCGACCGUGUAGGCGUGCGGUGGCUUCUGCCAGGGCUGAAGGUGUACUACAUCCCUUUCGUUCCAAUCGCGUCCUCCGCCACCCUCCCCCAAUUCUUCACAUUCCAUCCGUAUCUUCGUACCAUCCUGAUCCGCGAACACAUCCAUCUCAUUCACGCGCAUGCCAGCCUGUCGUCUCUCGGACACGAAGGAAUCUUGCACUCCCACUUCCUUGGUGUGCGCACUGUGUUCACGGAUCACAGCCUGUUUGGAUUUGACGACGCAGCGAGCAUACUGACGAACAAACUGCUGGCUGGGACGUUAAGGAAUGUGGACGCUGUGAUUUGCGUCUCUCAUACCGGUCGCGAAAACACCGUUCUUCGUGGACAACUUUUCGAUCGCUCCCCAAAAGCUCCUGAUGUUUUCACCGUCAGGAAUAAUGUUUACGUUAUCCCGAACACAUUGGUCCCAGAGAGAUUCCAGCCAUCUCCACCGCCGCCCAGCGAAAUUGUCACAAUCGUCUUUCUGAGCCGACUUGCUUACCGCAAAGGCAUCGACCUCUUGGUGGCAACCGCGCCACGAAUCUGCGCGACCUUCCCAAAUGUCCGUUUCAUCGUAGGAGGUGACGGACCGAAGGCGAUUGAUCUGCAUCAAAUGCGAGAGAAAUAUCUCCUGCAGGACCGUAUCGACAUCCGGGGUGCUGUGCCUCCCAGCGAGGUUCGGGAGUUCCUUGUACAAGGCUCUAUAUUCAUGAACACGUCCUUAACAGAGUCUUUCGGAAUCGCGAUCCUGGAAGCAGCAUGCGCUGGGCUCUACGUGGUCUCGACCCGUGUAGGCGGUGUGCCUGAAAUCUUGCCGCAAGACAUGAUCAGUUUUGCCAACCCGGACGAGGAUGACGUUUGCCGUGCGGUUGGGGAAGCCAUCCGCAUCGUUUCAGAAGGAAAACACGACCCUCUUUUGGCUCAUGAACGCGUCAAGUCCUUUUACAGCUGGGAUCAAGUCACGGAACGAACAGAAGCUGUAUACGAUGCAGUUCUGUGUUCGCCUCAAAUGGAGCUCUGGGAACGAAUCGAGCGCACGAUGCAGCUAGGACUAUUUGCAGGACCCAUCUACACGAUCAUUCUCAUAGUCGACUGCUGGUUUUUCAUGUUCCUAGAAUGGUGGAUGCCGAGAGAAGACAUGGAUUUCGUUCAAGAGCAGUGGAAUCAAGAUGCAUUUGCACAACUCUGUGACCGAUGAUCGAUGACCGCCGGGCAACACAAGUGCAUGAAGACAAGCUGGCGGGAUGACAUUUACAUUCCCUCGCAAUUGAGUCUUCGCAGGUCGAUGCUGCUUAUCUCGGGAACCGCAUUUCCCUACCUGCAUGAUACGAGUUUGUGUCUAUAGUGGCGUUCGUGGCCAGCCCUGCAGGGCUGCAGCCUCUGCUUCUAAUUCGGCAAUCGCUUCUCCGAUUUCUUCUUCUUGCUCCAACACCAUUGGCUGAAAAUCCCGCUCCAUUGCCACGCCAAAUCGUCGCACGAGUCCAGGAAUCUCGUCCUCGACACUUGUCUCUUUGCCAAGAACACCCUCCACGGAGGCAGCCUUGACCCCGACCAGUCCACAUGCCACAACCUCGUCGAACCACGCCAGCGGUUCUCGAGUGAUAUUCAGAGAAACUCCGUGAGUUGUAAGCCGAUGCCGCACUUGCACGCCGAUACUGGCGAUUUUCGUGCGUGCGUCGAGGAAGACACCUGUAUUGUCCGACGGUGCAUGCAUAAUCCCGUGCGCCUCGAGAAUGUGAGAUUGGAGAAUCUUUUGAAGGCGAUCGACGUAGUCCCUGAUCAUCAUUGGCGUAGAUUGAGAUGGUCGCGGACGCGAGAGAUCAAGCAGUGGGUAACCGACAAUUUGACCCGGCCCGUGAUAUGUCAAUUCUCCGCCGCGCGCAGUGCGCACGAAAUCCGCACCCAUGCGCGUCAGCCUCGUGCGUUCGUCUUGGAUUGCAUCUUCGGUCUGUCGCCGGCCAGCGGUAUAGACCGGUCGGUGCUGCAGGAGAAGCAAGAUAUCUUUGUGUCGCCCAGAAGCCUGGCGUUGGGAUCGCUGGAUGGCAUGUAUACGUUCCUGCAAAGCGAGAGUCUGGGCGUACGGUACAGGUACGCGAAAGUAGUGGUAAAGAGCAGGAAUGGACAUGUCAUUGUCGCGUGACGUAACACACUUUGUGCCGGAGGUGACGAUGUGAGCCCAUAGUACCAGCCGGUACGCGUUUCUUCAAGUCAUUGGGCGCCUCGGGAUUCCACUCUGCACCACCCGAGUCGUCUUCGGCACGAUCUACUCGUGCCUCGUCCUUCACAUCCGCUCCAGAGCAAAUUCCUACCCCUCGCUCACAAGGCACGUUAAUCAAAGAGAUGCCAGGUGAACUGGGCACACAGGUGUACCAGUUUCCAGUUGACGACAUCGCUGCUAUGCUGUCGCCCAAGCGUCUCCGACGAAAGUGGAGGGGAACGGAGGGCCCCCAUCACCUCGCCCACUUCGACUGUCUUGUGGAUUCCGAAGUUGUCACCCGCGCAUUGUCUUCACAACGCCGCCCGGCGAGUGUGUACACAUACGAGGACUUGAGUGAAAGGGCUCACUACAAACCGCUGGCGAACUACCUCAAUGGACACCUAAAAUUCGCGCACAAUGUCUAUAGAACCACCAUGGAUUCUCAGGCAGAACUCCGUGUGGGCGAGACUUCCUUUCCCGCCCUAGAUGAUGACAAGCAAUUGUUUCCCGACCUUACCUUCUACAAGUUCGACAAGAACACCAUCGACAGUGUCGAAAAAUCGUAUCCACUCAAGCCUGACCUUGUUGGCAUCGACAUGAAGGACGCUGUGGACGCAAAAUUGGACUGCUGCUGGCAAAGAACGAUCGACGGUCAUGAUUCCAAUCGUGACUUGCAACAGAUCCAGAUCGCCGUUGAGGUCAAAAACAGCUGGAGCACGAUGGUCCGGCAGGCCGCUACAUACGCCCGUGCGCAGCUAAGUGUGAACCCGAUGCGCGCGUUCUCUGUCGCAAUUGCCUUCAAUCACGUCGAUCGGACACUGCGCUUUCUCAUCUUCCAUCGCGGAGGCUUGACGGCCUCGGUCGGGCUGGAUGUUGCGAAGGAUUCCACUUGCGCCCUUGUCGAGAAAGUCUUUCUUUCGAUCGCUCUCUGGUCGUGUCGGGAGGACGCUGGCUUUCCCUCAUUCACGGACGGCGUUCGGUUCGUUCUUCCCAAGAUGGAUGGUGUCGGAAACCCUGCGGCGCGCUGUUUUGGUGUGAUGAAGACAGUUCUGAACGCAACACGCUCUGUUCGGGGCCGGAACACUCUUGUUGGAGUUGUCACCGUCAAUGACCAGGGGUUUCCAUCUGAUACCCAAAAGCCCAGGGUCCGUUCAAGUCAGAGAAACAAGCGGGUAACAGCCAAGGCACGUGAGAGAGAGACGGAGGGGCAGCCGCCCGUAGAGACAUUUGAGCUCAUUACACCACGACCUUCGACUCGGAAUGAUGAGCUGAGAUUACCUCAAGUCACCCAAGCGCUCACAUCUAGCCCCCAGCAAGGACCAGUCGAAGACUUGAUUGCCAAGAUUAUAUGGUCUCCUUCGCACAGAGCUGAGAUCGAAGGGAAGAUGCUGCACGGCUGUUCAGAUGCAUUCGGUACUGCUGGGCAUAUGCUAUCGUUCAUCCCAUGUAGUGAAGACGACGUCCCUCUCACCAACGACAUCUUUCUCCCCGAGCUCGAACGCAUGAAAGAUCGUCUCUGGGAUUAUUGAAAAGCGAACUCUGAAGGAACCGAGGAAUUCCCUGAUCAUCGGACGAUGUGCGUGCACAUCACAACCGGCGAGGGGGAACGCCUCGAAAGCUGCAAGACUCCCUGGGACCUAGUUAUUGCUGUCGUACAUUGCAUGCUUGGCUGGCUUUCCUUGUUCCAGGCGGGUUUUCUUCAGAGAGACAUCAGCCUUGGCAAUCUUCUGCGAUUGGAUCCGCCCUUGGAUCGACCGGAAUUCACGGCUACGGUCAUCGAACAAGUGCUCCGGGACAUGUCUACCGAUUUUGCUGCUUUUGGAAGGCAGUCAGAGUUCCUUGAGGACCUCGGAUCUCGUCUGGAUCGCCUCCACCUUCCGGCUGAUGCCCCUCUUCCUGAAUUCGCCUCUCUCCUGCUGUCGCACCGAAACGAGCCAGCUAAGCUCAAACUGGCUGAGCUGGCACACGCUGUGCAAAUGGCUGUCGGUGAGCUCGACAUCGGGACAGAGUGCCGGGGUAUGAUCAUCGAUGGCGAUCAGGCAUGCGAGCUGAAGGACUACUUCCGAAACGACCACAGUCGAGGCACUCUCUCGGGCACACGCGAUUACAUGUCAACAGCUCUCAGAACGGCUCUCGGACGCGGCACACCUUAUUUGCAAUCCCCUGUCGAUGACCACGAGUCUGCGUUCUGGACAUGCCUUGAUGCGCUCUUACAAGGCCAUGCUGACAAAGACUCGGAAAUCGAGGUCCAGUGGGCGAUUGAUCUGGCCUCUGCCGAUGUCAAAAUUCGGGCAUCUGUCAUGAGUCCUGACGCUCUGGGUGAACCACGGGAACUCCUUGUGUCCCAGACGAAGAAUCCGUUCAUCCUUGCAAUGGCCCCAUUCCUCCAAGAAUGGUUUGAUCAGAUUUUGCAGGCACGGAGGGCUUGGAAGUCUGCUACAAUGGCCGUUGAUGCUCGUACUGGCAGUGAUCAGCCGACAGCCGACGACAAGGAACUUCGUGGCUCCCUCCAUGCUGUCCAUUUCCAAGAGUUUGCGUAUCGAGGCGUCCUCACGCUCCUGCGCGUGGCCAAGAACCAUCGGGCUUCACUUCAAUCGUACGGCACAGAGGACAAAAAAUAGGUGCCGAACCUUCCGUAGGGCUCCUGUACACAAGAGAUCUCAAUAUACGCCAAUCACACUUUGUAGCAUCGAAGUCUGAGCCUUUCAACGCAUCGUUGAAGUUGACCGACCCGAGUGCAACUCUGAGAGACUAUCACUCAUUUUGGCAGAUGCCAGUUAAAUGGAUUCGAAUUGGCCCGGCGCUCAAGACCGCUGAACAGCGGAUAGAGGAGCACUGGUUGAUUCCUUGGUACUUACAGCUUCUGCUGUGGCCAGGCAGCAGGGCCCGUGAAUACUGAUAGCAUCACUGUGCGUCAAGCGACAUAUAGGGACAUAAGACCAGGCAGAACGAGGAGGUUGGCUGUCGCAAGCUCAAUUCCCUUGCUUGUCAAGGCUUCUCCACCCUCAUAAUUGGCUCGAUUUCAUCGGACCCGGCUUCCCCCGCUGUUCCGUUCCUCUCCGUGCUCUUCCUGUCGGUCUCGAGUUC